AUGGUAGUCGCCUGCGAACUUUGCCAAGGCUAUCAGCGAGCAAAUCCACAGCAGCCUCUUCUCGACAGAAACAUUCCAGAUCGCCCUUGGGAGCGUAUCGCAAUGGAUUUUUUCCAUCUCAACGACUCCACUUACUUGAUUCUUAUCGACUACUUUUCGAAGUUUGUUGAAGUUAAGAAAAUGGAAGCGACCACUGCUGUUGACCUAAUUCACGUCCUCAGUGAAAUUUAUGCACGAUUUGGUACACCAUCAGAGGUUCUCAGUGACAAUGGCCCUCCAUUUCAUUAUCGGCACUUCACCGAUUUCAACAAGCAGUGGAACAUUUUUCAUGUAACGUCAUCACCCCGCUACCCUCGUGCUAAUGGUCAAGUGGAAAGGGCUGUACAGACCAUCAAGGCAUCGUUGAAGAAAGCUCUGGAAGGAGGAAGGAAUCUGAAUACUGUCCUUCUGGAACAACGCAGAGUCAGAACAACGCCAGUCAGUGGAUCUCUGACUCCAGCUGUGCUGCUGAUGGGAAGGCCAUUGGGUACAAUGAUUCCAGCCCACCCAGAUACGUUAAAUUCGCAUUUUCCAACACAAGACCACAAGCAGCAGCUUGAACAAAAGCAGAGAUUUCAGCACAGACAUGGUGAUCAACACACCAAGGAACUUCAACCGCUUGAUGUGCAGCAGCCUGCCUGGUAUUGGGACAGUGGUACAAGAGAUAAGGUCUGGAAGAAGGCCAUCAUCAAGAGACUUGGGCAGAACCCAAGGAGUUAA